AGCCAAAAAAAAAAUGGUGAAUUUGUUCCCAAAAACCGUCGAAUCCGACGAAGAAAUGGAAAUCGACGAGUCGGACGACGAGCAAGUCCAAGACGAGGCAGUAACCGUCAGAAAGAAGAAGAAAAUGGCGAAUGCCGCCGAAGAAUUUGCUCAGGAUUUCAUUUUUGAGUCAGGCGACACCCAAUUUAUCGAUCGAGAAACCGAGGAUCUUCAGAAAUAUCUGAAAAAGCAGACGCCAACGUCACUGGACGAGAAAAUCGCCGAAAUGAGAAAGUUGAAGAAUACGGGAAAAGCUGUAAUUGUUGAGGAUGAAGCUGAAGCUGCUGAAGCCGAGGAGAAAGAUGAAGAAGAGGAUGAUGUUCAACAAUUGGGUGGAAAAGAGACACGAGAUACUGUACGAGAGAAGAGAAAAAGUGGAAAAUCAAAGAAAUCCCAGGAAAAUGAGGAUUUCUUUUCGGCGCUGAUUGAUGGAAAAAGUCUCGACACGAGUGUUAAUGUAUCAUUUGAACAAAUGAAUUUGAGCCGACAGAUUUUGAAGGCGUGCUCCGGCGCUGGAUAUUCGGAUCCGACGCCUAUUCAACAGGCGUGUAUUCCGGUCGCACUUACUGGAAAGGACAUUUGCGCCUGUGCAGCGACUGGAACCGGAAAAACCGCCGCCUUCGUUCUUCCAAUUCUCGAACGUAUGAUUUAUCGUCCGAAAGGUGCCAGUUGUACACGUGUACUCGUUUUGGUACCAACUCGUGAACUGGCAAUUCAAGUAUUCCAAGUUUUCCGAAAAUUAUCGACGUUCAUUCAAUUGGAAGUUUGUCUGUGUGCAGGAGGACUCGAUCUAAAAGCCCAAGAAGCAGCUCUUCGCUCGGGACCCGAUGUCGUCGUUGCCACACCGGGACGUCUUAUCGACCAUUUGCACAACUCGCCGAGCUUCAAUUUGAGCAAUAUUGAGGUUCUCGUACUAGAUGAAGCCGACAGAAUGCUCGAAGAAGCGUUCCGUGAUCAAAUGAACGAGCUCAUCCGUCUUUGUGCUCAAAACCGUCAGACUCUGCUCUUCUCGGCCACAAUGACUGAAGAAAUCGAUGAGCUCGCGUCGAUGUCGCUGCAAAAACCCGUGAAAAUCUUCAUCAACGAGAAUACGGACACCGCGUUGAAACUUCGUCAGGAAUUUAUUCGAAUUCGCGCGGGACGGGAGACUGAUCGAGAGGCGAUGGUGGCUGCUUUGGUGACAAGAACGUUCCAGACGAAUACAAUUGUAUUUGUUAGAACUAAAAAAGAUUGUCAAAGAAUGCAGAUUUUGUUGGGACUUCUUGGUAUUAAAGUUGGACAAAUGCAGUCGAGUCUUACACAGGGACAACGUAUCGAAUCGCUGUCAAAGUUCAAAAAAGCUGAAAUUGAUGUGCUGGUGUCUACUGAUUUGGCAUCUCGUGGUCUUGAUAUUGAAGGUGUUCAAACAGUAAUCAACAUGAAUAUGCCAAAAUCAAUCAAACAAUACAUUCAUCGUGUCGGACGUACUGCAAGAGCCGGAAAAGCGGGAAGAUCAAUCUCACUUGUGGGAGAAGACGAACGAAAAUUGUUGAAAGAAAUUGUGAAUUCGAACGCCGAUCGAACACUGAAACAACGUCUUGUUGCACCGGAAGUCGUUGAAGCGUAUAGAAGACGGAUCGAUGAGCUUGAAGAGACUAUUCAACAGAUUGAUGAAGAGGAUCGUGCUGAAAAAGAGCUUCGUAUUGCUGAAGCUUCAAUGGCGAAGACACAAAAUGCACUGGAAGUUGGAGAGAAUGGAGGUGCUCCGGCUGAGAGAAGAGUUUGGAUGAUGAAGGAGUCGCAAAUUGAAAAGCAGCGAAAACGCGAAGAAAAACGCCAAAUGAAGGUUGACGCUCGAAAGAAGGCUGAAGCCGCGAAGACUCCAGAAGACAUUCAAAUUGAGCACGAAGCAGCGUUCCACGUGAGAGCCGCCAAGCGAGCCCGUCACUCGAAGAACAAGAGAAUCCGUGCCGUCGUUGAAUCCGCUGGAACGAAAGGAGCUGGAAAAGCUGCUCAGAACAAGAAGAAGGCGUCCUCCAACUCGAAAACCUCGCUCAGAGAUAUUCCGCUCGUUAACGCCGGAUCGCGUGGAGUUCAGAAGGCUCAGAAGGGUCAGAAGCCUGGUGCAAAGAAGGGAUUCACGUCGGCGUUGGCUUCGGUCUCCAAGAAAUCUGUGAAAGCAGCACGUCACGGACCGGAAGACUCGAAAUUCCAGAAGGCUCGUGUCGCUCAUCGCAUGAAAACUAAGAAAUAUUAAAUCUCACGACGUUUUUUUUUUCUCUCAAAUUUGUUAAUUUUUUUAUUUGUUGUUGUUGUUCUCCACCCUUUCCAAUUUUUGUUUUAAAAUUUCAAAAUGUUCUUUUCAUUGUUAUCAUCAUUCGCCUUCUUAAUAAAAAACACAGACAAAAU